UCGCAUAAAAUGCCCCACCCACCCAGCCUGUACCCACCUUCAUUCAUCACUUUCUCUAGAUUCUCUCUCUCUUCAGCAUCAGAAAGAUGGCGGAUUCGGACACCAAGACUUCAAUUGAAUCCUUCAGAAAAUGGGUUGUCGACCACAAGCUUCGAGCAGUUGGGUGUUUAUGGCUGAGCGGUAUUACGGGUUCGAUCGCCUACAAUUGGUCUCAACCCGCCAUGAAAACCAGUGUCAAGCUCAUUCAUGCCAGGUUGCACGCACAAGCUCUUACACUUGCUGCAUUAGCCGGAGCUGCUGUAGUUGAGUACUAUGACCACAAAUCGGGAGAAAAAGCAGAACGCUAUGCAAAAUUCCUCCAAAUAGAUCCCUACUCACACAAGGAUUAAAAAAUUUUAGGCUUAAAAUCAAUCGUGGAUAGUGCAUUUAUUUCUGUUAAUCCAAUAUUUUAUCCUUCAUAUUACCCAGAAGGGCUUUAGCUCUUUAAUAGGUUGGUAUGAAUGUAAUCUGAAUUUCUGGUAGCUGAGAAGUUACCAGGCAGGCAAAUUUUGUAUUUGAUUACAGAAUUAACAGACAUAAAUUUUGUAUCCAAGUACAUAAAAUAACAGCCUGAGCAAUUGAGCGAUAAUGUUUUCUUUUUGGAAAAAGAUUGGGAACUCUAUGGUACUAUUUGGUACUGUUAUUGUAAGUUAAAAGUUUAUAAUAAAAAAGUAGAAAUUGAAGUAUCUCUUUUUCAGUUUCUAAAUAAUUAAUUUUU